CAGAGCCCGACGAGAUGAGCGGUGAAUCACAUGACCAGGGCCAGGCCGAACCCCGCUGCGCCACGUCGAGUUCGCGUCGCGAAAAUCUCUCCUUGCUUUCCCCGCCAUCCUCGCGCGCUUCACCACCGUUGCCUGCCUGGACUUGCUCGAAUAGGCAAUCUUCUGUGACGCCCUGUCUCGCUGUCUUACAGGGAAGCAUAUCGCAAGAGCAGUCGGUGAUAUGCUAGGGACAUGCUUCAUCUGAUCGUCAGAUCUCUUGCCCGUUUCUAAGUCAUCGCCUAUACCAUACGUUUCAUUCAUCCCAUGAUCAUACUCAUGACUGAUCCACAUCGACAUCGGAACCAUGUCUACCUCUAAGCCUGUCGUACGGCCUUCUAUUCCCUCCAAGGUUGGGCCUAGGAUUCCUCCUCCCAGGGGCCGGCUGGCCAGUCUCAAAGCCCCCAUUCAUACCCCCAUAAGACGCCCUCAGCAACACGCGGUACACCAGCCUGCUAGGCCCACUACUCACCCCAAAACUACUACAUGCCCUAAUCCAGGCUGCCCCGCUCCUCAUAUCGUUGAGGAUGAUGGCCAGAAGGUUUGCUCAGGAUGUGGUACUGUUAUCAGUGAGUCGAAUAUCGUCUCUGAAGUUACCUUCGGCGAGACAGCGUCUGGUGCGGCCGUUGUGCAAGGUACCUUUGUUGGAGAGGGUCAAUCCCACACCCGCAGCUAUGGACCUGGCUUCCAGAGAGGAGUGGAAAGCCGAGAGAUUACUGAACAGAAUGGGAACCGAUAUAUCAACCAGCUUUCCCGUGCUUUGAACAUUCCUGAAAGUGCUAGCAAGGCUGCCGGUCAAGUUUUCAAACUUGCUGUUGGUCUCAACUUUAUUCAAGGUCGUCGGACCAAGACCGUCGCUGCCGUGUGCCUCUACAUUGCAUGUAGACGACAGAAUGGAAACACCGUCAUGCUAAUAGAUUUUGCUGACGUAUUGAUGAUCAAUGUCUUCAAAUUGGGUCGAACGUAUAAAGCGUUGCUAGACGAGUUGCGCUUAGGUGGCAACGUCUUCUUAAUGAACCCGAUAGACCCAGAGAGCUUAAUCUACAGAUUCGCCAAGCAGCUCGAGUUCGGACCCUCAACAAUGCAAGUGGCCAGCGAGGCCGUGCGCAUCGUCCAACGGAUGAACCGAGACUGGAUGACCACCGGUCGCCGUCCCGCGGGUGUCUGCGGAGCUGCCCUGAUUCUCGCAGCACGGAUGAAUAAUUUCCGCCGGACAGUUCGUGAGGUUGUCUACGUUGUGAAGGUCACCGAAAUUACUAUAAAUCAGCGUCUGAACGAGUUCAGCUCGACCGAGAGCGGAGACCUCACUGUCGAUCAGUUCCGCUCGGUGCAGCUGGAAAAUGCCCACGACCCACCUUCAUUCACUCGAGCCAGGGAGGGAAGGAAACCAUCUCGAGGGGUGAAGAGAAAGAAACCUGAAACAGCUGCAGAGAUCGAAGGUGACACAGAUGCACAGCCUACACCACCACAAUCAAGGCGCCUGGAUGCCGAUGGCUUUGCUAUUCCCGACCUUCCUAUUGAUCCUGCAUUGACGACAGCGGAUGAUAACCAUCAAAAACCAUCGAUCUCAACAGCUAUCAAUGAAGUAAUCGCUGAGGUCGCAGAAGAAGCUUCAUCAUCUAUUUUGUCAUCCUCUAAAGACGGCCGACCAAAAGGCUCAAAGAGAAAGCCACUCCCAGAACCGACUGCAGAACAACUAGCGUCUGAGGAAGCACUGGAAGACGAGAUGACGGCCUUGCUAUCCAAGGACUCCAACAUGGUCAACAGUAUGUUCGGCCCCGACCGCACAGGUCAGACUCAACUUCCAGAACAACAGCAACAACAACCGAAAAACUCCGUCUCUGAAACUACGGAGAUCGAUGCCUCCGAGUUCGAAUCGGAUCCAGAAGUUGCCAAUUGCCUCCUCUCCCCCGCAGAGGUCGAGCUGAAAGAACGCAUCUGGGUCCAUGAGAACAGAGACUACCUUCGCACGCAACAGGCGAAAGCACUCAAACGCGCCCUUCUCGAAGCUGAUAGGCCAGCAGGAGCAGCGCACAAACCGCGAAAGCGCCGCAGAGGCCGACUAGGAGAUGUCGCCUAUCUAGAAGGCGACGGUGAAGAUGGCGAAGGAAGGAGUACGCGAGCCGCAACCCCCGCCGAAGCGACGCGCCGAAUGCUUGAGCGACGGGGCUUCAGCAAGAAAAUCAAUUACCGUCUUCUGGAAUCGUUAUACGGCGAGGAAGAAAAAGAAGAUGAAGGAGAGACGAAACUGAUGGUGAAAAAUAAUACCGCGAAAACCAGGACGGAUAUGGCAACCACCCCAGGGAGAUCUAGUCGCAGUCGCAGUCGAAGUCUCAGCGUCGUCUCCAACUGCAGCGCGAACGAGGGUCCCGCCAAACGUGCAAGGCUACUCAGCAACAUCUCGCCGGCGAAACCUGUCCUCACGGCUGCUAGUCCAUCUACCUCUAUCGCCCCGGCUACAACAACAGGGGAUGAACCAGCAUCAGCAUCUCAACAACGUCCAACAACAGAGCAAAUCGGCGAAAGCAAACCACCUGCCGAACAAGGAGGAGAUGGAGACGACUACAAUGACGAGGAUGACGACUACGACGAUGAGGACGACGAAGAUGAUGAAGAUGAUGGCGUCGAUGCGGCCUUUGCGGGUACUUACGGCGAUUAUUACGAUGAGGGUAGUGAUUAUGGGAGUGAUUAAGUCGACUGCUGGGCCGGUUCAGCCGCAUUUUGCUUCUCCUGUAGAUAUUAAUAUUCAUCCCAUAUUCUUUACGGCAUACGAGAAGGAAGUUUUCAACGCCAGAAGACUUGGUAGUAAUUAAUAAUACAAUAGGGGACGUUUUUUAUUCAGUUUACAUCAGUAAACACUACCUACUUGUGCAUGCCCCAUUCCUACCUGUAAUCUAUAAAUCAAUUCUGAAUAUCCAAAUCCAUUUAUCUAUCUAUCUAUUCACCUAAUGCUCCCUCCUUCCCCUUUUCCUCUCCAUGAAUUCAUUAUGGAGCCUAGUAUCCUGAGUUAUUCCGUACUCCGCAAACAACAGAUAAAUUUAUAUUGCCCCUCUUUCGAACAACUCAUCAGUUUAGAGUAAAUAAGAGACCCCCUAACUAAGUCUUUUGAUUUUCAGCAUUCACCGUACAGACAAUAACACUUCUUGAAUAAUCUCCUUUAUUUUUUUAUUCUUUCAUUUUUUGAUAUUUUUGAAUAUUUUGCUCUUCUGAAAAUAUGUCAUGUGACUCAGGGAAAUGGAUACCUGACCGCCCAUCAGGUAGCAAUGUGAAGAAUAAAAGAGGCAGCAAAAAGAAUCAACCUUGGAAAGAGUAAGAAAAGCAGACGACUGUGAAAAGAAACAAUCAACAGCAGCAGUAUGAGCUCUUUUUAAACUCAAUAGAAGAAGCGGAAGG